AUGUCUUUCAACAAAUUACUUUAUACACCCGAGGAGGUAGAUGUGGAAUUUCGAAGACAAGAAGCAGAGUCUGAGGGUGAGGACAGCAAAAUUGCAGAAGAUAUUUCUGAGACUGAUGACGAAACAGGUAGUAUUACGAACAGUGACAUUUGUGAUGAUGAAGUGACUGAUGAAUACAAACUAUUUUGUUUGUUUAUUACUAACGAUAUUAUUAACAAGAUUGUCCGUCACACCAACGAAUCUAUUGAAAUAUCGAAAAACCGGUUCACAUCAGAUCAAUGGUACAUACAUCCUACUGAUCCUACAGAGAUCAGAUCUCUAAUAGGAUUGUUUUACAUGAGUUGUAUCCUGAAAAAUCGUGGUUUGAAUCUAGAAGACAUGUUUUCACCCAUUUGGGGAUUUUCAGUGUUUCGUUGCUCUAUUUCUAAGAACAGGUUGGAAUUCCUUUUUGCUAAUAUAAGAUUUGAUGACAAAAACACCCGAGAUACUCGUAAAGCAGAGGAUAAAUUUACUGCGUUCAGGGAAAUAUGGUCUGUCUUCGAAGGUAACUGUUUCAGGUAUUACAGCCCCUCGAAAUACCUCACUAUAGAUGAGACUCUGCUCAGUUUUCGUGGCCGCUGCAGUUUCCGAAUGUAUAUCGCGUCAAAACCGGAUAAAUACGGCCUGAAAAUAGAAUCUCUAUGUGAUGCCCGAACAUUUUACUUUAUAAGUGAAAUACCCUACGUUGGAAAGGAAAAACAUAAGAAAAAAAAGGAUUUACCGCUUCCUACACAGUAUGUUCUCAACCUAACCGAUAAAGUAAAAGGGAGUAACAGAAAUAUAACGUGCGACAACUGGUUUUCAUCUCUUGGCCUAGUUGAUGCUCUUCUUGAAAGAAAACUUACUUUUGUCGGAACCUUACGGAAAAAUAAGGCUGAAAUCCCUCCUUCAGUCCUUUCAAAAGCAUCGGUUGGUUCUUCACAGUUUUUAUACCAAGAUAACAAAAUGUUGAGAUAA